AUGUCCGUGGAGAAUGCUGCCACUUUCAUCAGCAGAAUCUCUUACUGGUGGUUCAAUAGGCUGCUGCAGCUGGCUAACCUGAGUAAAGUCCGUGUCAAGCGCUCUGCUCACAGUCUGCACUCCACUUUUGAGAAACAGUGGCAGGACCAGCAGAAUCACUAUGAGAAAUCGCACAGGCACGAAGGUCAAAGAUCAGAAAAGGACGCCCUGUUGUUCCCUGGCCCCGCCGGACCUGACGCCUCGCUAUUGUGCUCCAUCUUGCUCACCUUUCAUCCAACCUUGCUAACAGUCACGCUGCUGAGACUGUCAUCUGAUCUGCUAAGCCUCAUGUUUCCUAUAAUAACCAGAUGGGCCAUCUUGUUCUAUGAAGGCCAGCCAGUGUUGGACUGGGAAGGGUACACCUAUGCUUUGGCAUUACUGGGGGCACUUUGCUGUCAUGCUGUUUUUCAACAGCUGCAUGAGAGACACAGCAAAAUGACUGUGGCCAAAGCCCAGGCCGCGCUCUCUGCUGCCCUCCACAGGAAGUUUGUGCCUCAGUAUGGGCUCUCAGAGAAUCUGUCUCCUCCUGCUGCUGUGAUCUCCCUGCUGGCAGAGGAUAUCAGGAGGGUGUCAGAGCUGGUCUCAACCUUGCCCCAGAUCCCGUUCUCUCCUGCGAUGGCAGUGCUUUAUCUGGCUUGUCUGUGGAGAGAAUUGGGACCUGCCAUGCUUGUAGGAGUCACUCUGCUGUUAUUUGUCAUUUUUGCCAGCUCAGCAGUACAGCGCAGGGUCCAACUACUCCAGAGGACUCAGAUGGAAGUGAGGGAAGAGAGUGGAAAACUUCACAAGGAAAUGCUGCGUGAGAUCAAGAUGCUGAAGUUCCUGGUGUGGGAGCCAUGGCUUCAGCUCAGAUUGACUGAUGCAAGGGAGAGGGAGCUGGAGGUGCUAAGAAUUCUGGGAUACCUGACUGCCUUCUUGAUGCUGGACCGUAUUUGUGUGCCCUUCCUAGUGUCUCUUUUCAGUCUUGCUGUGUUUGUGCUUGUGGAUGACGGAAAUGUUCUCACAGUCGCUCAGGUGUUUACCUCACUCUGCCUGUUCAAACUGUUGCGCCCCCUUCUGGCAGAUCUGACUGCUUUCCCCUCUCUUUUAACACAGGGCAGUGGAGUGGCAUUGAGGCACUAUCUGCAGGCCUUUGGCUGGCACUGGGUCUUAUUGCUCCUGUUGGUCCAGACGGGCGUUUUUAUGGUGUGCGUGGCCGGGGACUGGCUGCUGAGCGUGUGGAUGGGUGAAGCCAAGGAGGUGCAAGGUCUGGAAGAGUGGAGAGAGCUCAGAUGCUCCCGUCUGUCCGUCUAUGCUGUGCUUGGCCUCUUACAGGCUGUGCUGGUGUGCUGCGCAGCUUUCUGCCUGACCCGUGGCUCACUCAGGGCAUCUGCCUCUCUGCACGCACAGUUGCUGGAUAAUGUUCUCCACCUUCCUCUUACUGUCUUCUACAAGACUGAUCCAACAUUUCUGCUUCACAGCUUAACUGAGGAUAUGUACACUGUUGAUGAGUGGCUCCCCACACACUUACACACCUGGGUGAGCUGUCUGCUGGAGGUGAUUGGCAUUAUGCUGCUGAUUACGUUCAUCAUCCCAGUCAUCAGUCUGGCAGUGUGUCCUGUGACCCUCCUCUUCCUCGUUAUGAAGAGUAAAGAAGGUCAAGAGUUCUACCUCAGACGCCAUCUCAAAUCCCUGCAGCAGCACCUGCUUUUCCACUUCAACGGCAUCACCUUUGACAGGUGGGCUGCUUUACAGUCAGAAGUGGUCAGUGGAAUUUUUCUGCUCCUGGUCACUCUUUUCCUGCUGGGAAGCCAGAGGUCAUCGGACUCUGGAACCGUAGCUCUGGCCCUAGUGUACUCACUGAACAUGAGAGGGGCUUUGCAUCACUUCACCCACACAUGCAGUGACCUCAGAAAAGACGCUCUGAGCAUCCAGAGAAUCAGUCAGUAUGCCCACAUGGGAAAAGAGGCUCCGUGGACACUUACUCACAGACAGACACCGCCACCCAGUUGGCCAGAGCAGGGCGAGAUUGAGUUCAGACAGUAUGAGACUGAGCCCUGUACUCCCCUGGCCCCUGCUUUUAGGGGACUGACCUUCUGUAUCUCAAAGGGGGAGAAGGUGGGUGUAGUGAGUAGAAACAGGGCAGAGACUGAAGGAUUGGUUAGCUGUCUGUUCAGGGCGGUGGAAGCCAGCGCUGGGAUCAUUCUCAUCGACGGGCUGGACGUAGCCAGCGUUGGACCGCGAGACCUCCGCUGUCACCUCCAGCUCAUCCCUCAGAGCCCAGUACUGUUGUCUGAUUCACUGAGGGCUAAUCUGGAUCCACUGGGCCAGUACACGGAUGCACAGCUGUGGCGGGCUCUGGAGCUCUCUCUCCUGAAGGAGCGGGUACGACUGCUCCCAAAUCAGCUUCUGCAUCCAGUCCAGGAGGGUGGAGCCUCUCUUAGCCCUGGGCAGAGGAGACAAUUGUGCUUGGCCCGUGCAAUGCUGGGGAGAACCAGGGUUUUGCUGGUGGAAGAUUCCUUGCCAUCAGUGGACACAGAGACAGAGCACCUGCUUCAGCAGGUGAUUGAAAGAGAGUUCACCAACUGCACAGUGCUGAUGAUGAGCCAAAACCCACACAAAGUCAUGCACACAGACAGGGUUCUGGUUUUGGAUGAAGGCCACAUUGUGGAAUUUGACACUCCCACUAACCUUCUCCAGGAGGGGGUGUGGUUCACUCAGCUGGCCAAGGAUAUACAGACACAAGACUGUAUCAAACAGGUCAAUAAAUGA